GUCCAUUCUGCAGAGGACAUCGACCGUGGAUCCUUAGGACCCAGACUUAGAAUCCGUGUUAAACAGGGUAACUCAGGGGCCCUAUCUCCGGGAUAGCCAGGUGUAUCUUCCUCCGGGGAAUUUUACUUCUACGGGGACUAGUGCAGUUUCUAUUUCAUCUCAUACCCUUCUCUCCGUCCCACCGGCCGUUUCUUCUCCCAUCUCCCCAGAGAGAACUGUAAGGAUAUGGCCCAGCAAGAAAUAGCAUACAGAACUUCUGUCAUGUCGAACGGACCUUGGAACUCCUCGCGCAGCGUCAUGUAUAGUAACAGUUCGUAUCCAGUUAGCACGCGUGAGAAUGGAUACUCGAGCUCAAGCGUGAUAUACUCGUCCGGGUCCGGUUCAGCGUACAGUUCAUCCGCCAGUACGUCGUUAGUGGGGACCAGUGGUCCAGUCGGCCGGCAUCAAUCCACGUACCCUUCAUCGCCGGUAUACAUCUCGAGAUCGCAAUCUGGGCCGUAUGGAACUGCUUCCGGGGCAGCGUAUGGCUCGUACAAUAGCACGGGUUCGCAAGGUUGGGAUGCACCAGGCAGAUACUCCCCAACGGACUCAGUUGAUGACAUUAUUACGCCUCCCAGUCUGUCAGAUUAUGGUAUGGACAACAAUAGCGGAGGCCCCGCGCCGACGGGAAAGUCAAAGAAUGGUAGCAAGGGUCGUCCUCAGAGGCGACCUUCGAACCGGGAUGAAUUCGAUGGACCACAUCAGUUUCUAGCGAGACCUCCUCCAGACUAUGUGGCGAUGCAGGAGAGGGAGUUGCCACAUCUCCCAACCAAUCUUUUGGUGCAAGAGCAGGAUAGUGUCCUGACUCAAGUCAACGAUCGACUCUCGCAGUGCGCGUUCGACUUUGUUGCAAAAUACCAAUUUCCGAUUCCUCUGACCCAGGAUAUGAGACCAGUUGAGAGACCCCAAGAUAGAGAAUGGACCGAAUGGGUUUACUUACUAAAGCGUCUUGCGACGAAGAGGAGAAUACCCGCCCGGGUACUUUAUAACGGACAAAUCAAGCAAUUUGUAACCAUUUUGGAGAAUUCUUUGGAGAUGCGACAUGCUGCCAAGCAUCAGUCGCGCCCGUUGAAGGAUGACCGUAACAUACUUCAAUUGAUCAGUGCCGGUAUCCAGGUUGCGAAAAUCCUCAAGGACGCAGCCGCAAUGGACUACCUGGACAGACUAUACGUUUCGACCGAACAACAGAUCCAGGAACGAAGUGCCGCAGCGUCGGCACGGUUCCGCUGACUGGAAAAAAAUAAAACGCCAUUGGAACACAGCCGAUGGUAACAACGUUUUUCUUCUCGGGGCUUUUCAGCGAACGAGAUUCAGCCCCCAGGGGCAGCGGGGGAGCAUUCUGGCUCGCCCCCAAAUAAUAUAUAUGUUAACCAAAGAUACAUACAUAUGUAUGUACGAAACCGCGUAUAUGUGGGAUGGAAACGAGUCACGAUUUCCCUU